UGGCCAGACUCGGGGUGGCCCUUGCCGUGGGUGGGGUUACGGCUAGAAAGCGCUCACCUAACUGGCUGCUUCUUCCCGGAACUUCCUGUGUCUUGACUUUGUGGAUGGCGUCACUGGGAACCUGAACAGCCGCGUGCGUUUUGCAUUUUGACAAUGGCCAAGAACAAAUUAAAAGGGCAGAAGUCCAGGAAUGUAUUUCACAUAGCCAGCCAAAGAACCUUCAAAGCUAAAAAUAAGGCAAAACCAGUUACUACUAAUCUUAAGAAGAUAAACAUUAUGAAUGAUGAAAAAGUCAACAGAAUGAACACAGCUUUUGUAAAUAUACAGAAAGAACUUGCAAACUUUUCAAAAAGCCUUUCUCUUAAAUCUGUGCAGAAAGAGCUGGAGAAUCUUGUUGAGAAGAAAACAGAAGAAAGGAGAUCAAUGAGAAAGGCAACAGCAACAAUCCAAUAAAGGUAGGAAUACAGAUGGAGUAACCUAAGAAGGUGAUGAUCAGCGGGGACAGUCUGAGUAGAAUCUGAAGGCUCUGCAAGCAGCAGUUCCCGGCAGAGAGGAGCCAAGGAUCACUCAAGGUUUUGUUUGUUUUUUUAAAGUUAUAUUUAUUGGGGGCGGGGCAUAUGUGCCACAGCUCAUGCAUGUAAGACGGGACAGUUUUGUAGAGCUGGUGUUCUUCUUCCACAGACCUGGCAACAAAUGCCUUUGUAUACUGAGUCAUCUCCUUAGCUCAAAAGAGUUUUUGACUUGAACAACUGCAAGUGAGGAACAGCACUGUAGGAAUAGGUUUGAAGGGAUGGAAGUCAGGAACUUAACCUUGGAGACUGUGACAUUCCAAAGGAGAUCACUGGGCAUGAGAAUGUAAGCCAUGAAGGAGACACCAAAGCUAUAAGGGAGGCAGACAUCUCAGGAACAGUGGAAUCCACAAGAUCCACCUAGCAAGGGAACAAAGAGUGUGAGAAAUGAAGAACAACCUGACACUUACACAUGGGGCAUGAACGCAGGAGUUGUGGAAUUCAAAGGGAAGGCGUGUAAGGAAGAGGCCGUGAGGGAAGAAGGUUCAGAGAUCUCCAGGCACCUGGGAAAGAACCAGUUUGGCAGGGGAGGAGGGAUCUCCUGGAGGAACAGAAGGAAAGCUAGCAUAGAGAGCGUAUUUGAAGUGUCAUGCUGUAAUGAGGAACAGAGACAGAAGACUGUAUCUGUAGGAGCUAUGGGAUCUUCAAGAAGUUUUUUCUUCUUCCUCUUUCUCUUUUUUCUUUUGAAGAUAGGUGCUAUUUCAACCUGUAAGUAUGCUGAUAGGAAUGAACUGGCAAACAUAGAUAAUUAACAACACAGAAGAGCAUUAAAGAGACCGUUAGGAGCCAGUGGGAAGGCAUAUUAGGAACUGAAGUCCAACACUGGGCUGAGUGCAAAUGCUGUUACAUUAGUAGACAAAACAGCAGCCGUUUCCUUCCUAAUAUGUUUGAUUUUCUCAUCAGCUUUGGGGUAGAGGGAUGGAAGGAAAAAUACUGACAUAAAAUAGUGGACAGUACAGAAGGUGUUGUUCAAAUCCUAAAUGGUCUUAUUAAUAAGAAACCCGGAGCCAGAUAUUGGGGUAAAUACUGAAAGAUCAGACAGACAAAGGAACAAGCCACUAGAGAAACUUCUUAUCACCACCAAAUCCUCAGUCUGAAUAGAAGGUGAGAUUCUAUCUCCAGGAAUCCUGACUGAAAGCCUGAGUCCUCAGCUGAAAAAGCUCUAGUUCCUGUCUCCUCACGUCUUACACACCUUUCUCCACUCAGCCAUUUCACUUCCUUCCUAGUGCUGAGAUUAAUGGCGUGUGUGCUU